CAUCUCCUGCCAGCGGCUGCAGGACUUUGGCCGAGCUCCGGCGGCUGCCCUUUCCCCCUCGCCUGCGGAUCCUGGAAUCCCUGCCGAGCCCUCGCGGGAAGUGGGGCUCGCCAACGGCACCCGGGGGUGCGCCUUUUGUGCGUCCGACCGACCAUGGCUCCAUCGCCGCCUCCUGCCUUCGUGAAUCCCUUCCCCAGACCGCGCUGCCUGGCCGCCGCAGCUCCAGCCGGCAAAGCCAAACUUACCCAUCCGGGCAAGGCGAUCCUAGCAGGCGGCAUUGCUGGCGGCAUUGAGAUCUGCAUUACAUUCCCCACAGAAUAUGUGAAAACCCAGCUGCAGUUGGAUGAGAAAGCCAACCCGCCACGCUACAAAGGCAUCGCGGACUGCGUGAAGGUGACAGUGCGAGACCAUGGGAUCAAAGGUCUUUACCGAGGUCUUAGCUCAUUGGUAUAUGGCUCCAUACCAAAGGCCGCUGUGAGGUUCGGCAUGUUUGAAUUCCUCAGCAACCACAUGAGAGAUGCAGAUGGGAAGCUGGACAGCAAACGUGGCCUUCUGGCUGGCUUGGGAGCUGGCGUGGCUGAAGCCGUGGUCGUGGUGUGCCCGAUGGAAACGAUUAAGGUGAAGUUCAUCCACGAUCAGUGCUCCCCGCAGCCGAAGUAUCGAGGAUUCUUUCACGGAGUCCGGUCGAUCGUCCGGGAACAAGGCCUGAGGGGGACUUACCAGGGUUUAACGGCGACAGUCCUAAAACAGGGGUCGAAUCAAGCCAUUCGCUUUUUUGUCAUGACAGCGCUCAGGAACUGGUACAAAGGAGACAAUCCAAACAAAGUCAUAAACCCGCUCGUCACUGGGGUAUUUGGGGCUAUUGCCGGAGCAGCCAGUGUCUUUGGAAACACCCCGUUGGAUGUCGUGAAGACCAGGAUGCAGGGUCUUGAGGCACACAAGUACAAAAGCACCUGGGACUGUGCCUAUAAAAUCAUGAAACAUGAAGGGCCGCGUGCGUUUUACAAGGGCACUAUCCCCCGCCUGGGUCGGGUCUGCCUGGACGUGGCCAUCGUGUUCAUCAUCUACGACGAAGUGGUCAAGGCACUCAACAAGGUGUGGAAAACGGACUGAGCACCGGGGACGGGCGGCAGCGGCCCCGUCUCCCCACCCGCCAGGCAACAGCUGGGAGAAGGGCGCGACUAACCACAGAAGGCAUUCUAGGGGGUGGUUCUCUCCCCCCACCCCCUCCGCUAUUUACGGUGCCAGGAGUUUGGGCGAGCACACGGGACACACGGAUCAAGUCCCUCGGCCUGCUUUUUCCAUAUCGAGCUUCGUGACACUUAUUUAUCGGAGUGAACCGUGGAGAAUUUCUUUUUAAAUUAUUGAUUGUAUGAUAACAUGACCAGGGGGAAAUUUGGGCUGGGGGUGGGGCGGGAUGGAAAGGCAGGGAAAUGUGUUCAGGUGCCAUUUUCGGGUGGGCCAUUUUUUGCCAACUUUGGGAGCUGGGUGGGGGACCUAGGAGGGAGGGAGAAAGGAAAUAUGUACACACCGCACGCACGCACGCACGCACGCACGCACGCACUGCUAGACAAAUUCAAGCUAUUUUUUCCCUUGAGAAAACGAAAACUCUGGAUGGUGUUUUUUUUUCCCUUUUCUUUUUUUGAUGCCGUUAUUUAUGCCUGAUGCCUCUCCCAGCAAAGGAUGUUGUAAGGAGCCAGGGUUGGAGGAUUAGCUAGGAAGAACUCCUAGAAGCUAGGAAGAUUACCAGGAAGUGUGUGUGUGUUUAGGGUG